UGGUGACUGCGGGCCGCUGCGAGGCACGCUGCCGCCAUGCUGGGGCCCAUGCUGCUGGUCGCCGCGCUGGCGGCAUCAGCCGUCGCAUCUCCAGUGGACGGGUUAUCAAAUCAUCGCGAGACUUUCAAUCAGACUCACACUUCGCCAGCAUCGCCUGGAAAGAUGCCUCGCAGAAUUAGCAAAGAUCGGCUAAUGGACUUAUCGCUGACAUGGAAUAACGGAAAACAGUUCGCUGGCACAAAUCUAGCGGCGGUCCUCCAGGAUAGUGUGCCGGACGACGGAACAACAGAACUGAAAAAAGAAAUCCACCCAGUGAAAAACAGCAAAAUAAGGAAAAAGCGUGGUGGGAGCAAAGAAAGCAAAGAGAGCAAAGCAAGCAAAGAAAGCAAAGAGAGCAAGGGAAGUCAGGAAAGCAAAGAGAGCAAAGAGAGCAAAGAGAGCAAAGAGAGCAAAGAGAGCAAAGAGAGCAAAGAGAGCAAAGAGAGCAAAGAGAGCAAAGAGGGUAAAGGAAGUAAAGAGAGCAAAUCAAGCAAAGAAAGCAAAGAGAGCAAGGGAAGUCAGGAAAGCAAAGAGAGCAAGGUGAGCAAGGAAAGCAAAGAGAGCAAAGAGAGCAAAGAAAGCAAAGAAAGCAAAGAGAGCAAGGAGGGCAAGGAGAGCAUGACAAGCAAGGAAAGCGAAGACAGCAAAGAGAGCAAGGCAAGUCAGGAAAGCAGGGAAAGCAGAGAGAGCAAAGGGAGCAAAGAGAGCAAAGAAAGCAAAGAGAGCAAAGAGAGCAAGGAGAGCAAGGAGAGCAAAGGGAGCAAGGAGAGCAAAGAGAGCAAAGAGAACAAGGAGAGCAAGGAGAGCAUGACAGGCCAGGAAAGCGAGGAGAGCAAAGAGAGUAAGGAAAGCAAGGAGAGCAAGGCGAGCGAAGAAAGCGGUGUCAGCGGAGAGAGCGGAGAUGGCGGAAAGAGCGAGACGAACCCCGGGAGGAGAAUGACUACAACAACGGAAAACAGCAGGGGGAAGAGAGAAAGCGGAGAGAAUUCAUCCGGAGGCAGCCCGACUGUCGGAAACGGCUCAACGGAGGGAAGCGCGGGCAGCUCAACCUUUGCAAGUCCUCUGGAGAGGUGUGCCGGUGCGACGGGUGGCACUGAGCAGCCGUCCUCCAACACGACGGAGAGCGGUGCCGUGUCCACGGUCGGGACGACCGAUGUGACCUCGACCCUGGCGCCCUGUCCUGAGGGCGUAACCACGCCGGGCUCCGGCGGCCAGGGCGGCAGCUCCGCCGGCGGUGGAGACGGCAGCUCCACCGGCGGUGGCGGCGGCAUCUCAGGUACAGUUUACCCUGCUCUUCUGGACCGAGCUGAUGCAAUUGUCGGCCACCCGCGUCACAUAUAUGCAAAGCUAAGAAUGUUUGAUGGGCUAAAGAACGACCUUAGCCUCAUCUUUUAUGUCAUUUUGUGGGCAACAAGAGUUCAUAACAAACCAGCAGCAUACCAGCGAUGACGAUAGGCAUACCGAGACAUCUGGUUUAAUGUCAUAUCAUCAAUCUGGCUGGUGGUGAUGCAGUCUGCAGAUAAAAAAUGGCAAUGGUUACGUAGACAAUUGUGGCCCAGCUUCUGCAACUUCAUGUCCCUUGUAGCAUGUCUUUUCGAUAUUUAUCGGAUUUGACCGCUUGGCUCAUAUAAGUACCAUCGAUAGUCAUUCAUUUUGUAUCGCUGACUUGCAAAAUGGCUACGAUACUUCUUGGUUGGUGUCGAUUUUUGCAUUUUGAUAACUGUGAGCUAUACUCAAUGUCAUCCGAACGGCACAAAUGUAAAUUAUGUACUGUGGUUCUAACGAUAGCUACUUAACGCUUCAGCACUUUCCAGAUGCUGCUAGCAUUUUAGAAUGUGACUGGCAAAAGUAAAUCAAUCUGAUGAUGUGUAUCAUGAAUAUGACCCAAACCCUGUUAAAAGGUACUGUGAGUAAUGCUAUUGUCAAACGGGGCUCCUGUGUAAAACUCCCAAAGCACCGACUAACUUCACAUUGUAUUUGUGUUUAUUCCUUACUUGUAUUUUCACCUGGCGGCUCGCAUGAAAGCAUGGACGUGCAGAAUAGGCAUUGCUUGGGGACAACACUGUCUGCAAUGUUGAAUGACCGCGUGCUGUCUGGCUGGUGAGCAGGGGUGUAGUUUCAUAUCAGGUUGAGGAGGGACUCUGAUCCUUCCCCUCUCAGCUUGAGAAAAUAGCGGGCAAAGUCCCGGGAGAAGCCAAUUUGUUGACGUAUCUAAGGGUGAGUUUGGUCAUUUUUCAUUGUUAAAUCCCCCUCAAUUUAUUCUAUGAAACUGCAUCCCUGGCAGUGAGUGUUGUGUUGAAGCGUGAUCGUCGGGUGGAAGCGCAGGAAUACGUGAUGCAGCGCUGUGAUGUGUGGCAAAUGCAACUUGCUUUCAUUUUGUAUUGCGUUUCAGACGCAACUUGAAUAUGAUGGAUAUCAUUAAAUCUUGAAAUCCGAUAAGGUCUCAAAUAUCUCUCAGUUUAUUUAUAGUGUAGUUCCCGUAAGGCUUAUAUUGCUCUCGUGUCUAAUGCCUCGCCUAACAUCUUCAAAGUUUUUUCAAUUAACCGAGGAAUCGUUUUAACUUAAAUAACUUCACUACAUUGCAAUGCUCGUGCUGUCAUUCCUAACAUGUUUCUCUUCCCGACACACAACCCCGUCAACCUACUGCGGAAGACGCCGUCUGGACUUCUGCGGCCACGGCGAUGUGGCGGCGGUCGAACAUCGGUGCCGUGACGCCGGCCGUGCAGCCGUCGGCGCAAUGGCAGCUCGUGAGGUGACGCCGGCCGUGCAGC